UAGGUGGAACAGACAUGUUGAUGAAAUGGACACGUUCCGACUUCCGUGUUCAAAUUUCCCGCGCCGAGUAGUCAGCUGAUGGUGCAUAAAUUACCACCCGGCCGGUCCCUACUUCCUGUGCGCGUUUGGUUUGGCCUGGGAGCAGAGCUGAGGCUGGCUGAGGUUUGCGGUUUCGGAGGCGGUGUAGUUCUAGCCGGGGUUUUUCUGUGUUUGGACGACGGAGAAAACGCCGCGACUCAACCGUAACGGCAGGGAUUUACGGCAGCAUGGCGGGGUGGAGAGGUAGACCGGGCUUUCGGACGGUCCUUAACUUUGUAGCGUGUGUUCUCGGCGUCGUUUCGCCGUGUCUGGGUGCCGUGGGCCGCCACACGAUGGGCGAGUGUGUGGACAGGCAGGGUCGGGCUCAGCGCUGCAUGCCUGAGUUCGAGAAUGCGGCCUUCAACAAACUGGUGGUGGCCACCAACACUUGCGGAGACCCUCCGAUAGAGUACUGUCUGCAGACCGGCGUGACCGGAGUCACCAAGUCCUGCCACAUGUGCGACUCCAGCAACCCGCGCCUCACCCAUCCUCCCAGAUACCUCACCGACUUCAACAACGACGACAACACGACCUGGUGGCAGUCGGAAACCAUGCUGCAAGGAGUUCAGUAUCCCAACGAGGUCAACAUCACGCUCUCCCUAGGAAAAUCCUUUGACAUCACAUACGUCAGACUAAAGUUCCACACGAGUCGGCCGGAGAGUUUCGCCAUCUACAAGCGGACGACGGAAGAUGGGGAGUGGAUCCCGUACCAGUACUACAGCGGGUCCUGUAGAUCAACCUUCCAGAAAAUCAACAGAGGAGUCAUCACCAACAGAGACGAGACAGAAGCCAUUUGUACAGACGAGUUUAGUGAUAUCUCCCCUCUGACUGGUGGGAAUGUGGCCUUUAGUACACUGGAGGGCAGACCAAGUGCCUACAACUUCGACAACAGCCUUACCUUACAAGAUUUUGUUACAGCAACAGACAUCAGAGUAACGCUCAACAGGAUCAACAGUUUUGGAGAUGAAGUUUUCAGGGACCCCAAAGUUCUUAAGUCAUACUACUAUGCAAUCUCCGAUUUUGCUGUGGGCGGCAGGUGUAAGUGUAACGGUCAUGCUGCGUCCUGCGAGGCCAACGUGAACACCGGUGGCGGCGGCGCACGGCUCAUCUGCGUGUGUGAACACAACACGGCCGGCGUGGACUGUGACAGGUGUCUGCCCAUGUUCAACGACAGACCGUGGGGAAGAGCGACCGCAUCUGAUUCUCAUGAGUGUCAAGCCUGCAACUGUAACAACCUGGCAGACAGCUGCGAGUUUGACUCGGACCUGUACAGACGGACAGGGCACGGCGGGCGCUGCAUCGGAUGCAGACAGAACACUGCUGGACCUAACUGCGAGCGCUGUCUGGAGUACUACUACAGGGCACAGCAGAGCGACCCCUGUCAGCCUUGUAACUGUAACCCUCUAGGAUCGAUCCAACAGCAGUGUGACCCCCUGGGACGCUGUCAGUGUAAACCCGGGGUGGGAGGGGACAAGUGUGACCGCUGCCAGGAUGGACACUUCGGCCUGAGCGAGGCUGGCUGCAGACAAUGUUCCUGCGACAGUGCUGGGACUGUGAACAAUGCUGGAGCCUGUGACCAGGUGACGGGACAGUGCCAGUGUAAGCAGAAUGUGGAGGGACCUCGCUGUGACAGGUGUAAGCCUGGUUACUUCAAUCUGGACUCCACCAACCCUUCUGGCUGUAUCUCCUGCUUCUGUUACGGCCACUCUGCCAAGUGUGCCGUGGCCUCGGGAUACGCAGCCUCGGUCAUCAGUACACCCUUCACUACAGCUCCCAGGUACCAGUACGGGCCCAGGUUCAGUACCUUCACCCAUGGUCAGCGUGGCUGGACCGGUGAGGACAGGUUUGGCAAUGAGAGGGAGAUCAGGUGGACACAGGUGGGGGAGAACCUGGGAGCGACAGCUGACAGCCAGGAACCUAUCUACUUUGUGGCACCAGCUGAGUACCUUGGAAAUCAGCGCCUGAGCUACGGCCAGACUCUGACCUUCAAGCUUCGUGUGGACCCCGAGGACGUGCGCCUGUCAGCAGAAGACAUCGUGCUGGAGGGGAACGGGAUCCGCCUGUCCGCGGCCAUGACUGCCCAACAGAACCCCAUGCCCAGGAGGGUCAACCAGGAAUACUCGUUCCGCCUGCAUGAGGACCCGUCCCUGGGGUGGAACCAGAGGCUGACUUCAUUUGACUUCAACCGACUCCUCAGUAACCUGACUUCUGUCAAGAUCCGUGGAACCUACACUGACAGAGGUCGUGGUUUCCUUGACGAUGUGAGGCUGAACACAGCAGUGAGGAGCGGGGCUCAGCCUGCUGCCAGCUGGGUGGAGGUGUGCGAAUGUCCCGAAGGUCUGACCGGACAGUUCUGUGAACAGGUGGUUCCUGGAUACAAGCAGGAGAACCCCCAGCUGGGCCCCUUCUCUCCCGUGGAACAGUGCUUCUGUAACGGCCACUCUGCCAGCUGUGACACCGUCACAGGUGAAUGUAGCUGUCAGCACAACACAGAGGGAAUCUACUGCGAGCGUUGUCUGAAGGGUUACUAUGGCGACGCCACCCAGGGAACACCCAACGACUGUCAGCCCUGCCCCUGCCCCAACCAGGCUCCGUGUGAUCUCGCUCCUAACGGGGAGGUAGUCUGUACCUCCUGUACUGAGGGGUACAUAGGUGAUCGUUGUGAGAGAUGUAUGGACGGUUACUAUGGCGACCCCAUCGGUCAGUACGGACAGCCACGCCCCUGCCAGCGCUGCAUCUGUAGCGGAAACAUUGAUGAGAACGCUGUCGGAAACUGCAACUCAAUCACUGGCGAGUGUUUGAAGUGCGUGUACUUCACGACGGGAACGGCCUGCGAACGCUGCCUUCCCGGCUACUACGGCGACGCCACAUCUUUCCCCAAGCCUCCAUGCAAACCAUGCAACUGUUACCAGUUUGGCACCCAGGCUGGAGGAGAGUGUGACCAGAACACAGGACAGUGCCCCUGUCUCUCCAACGUGGUGGGCCUACAAUGUGACCGUUGUGUGGAUGGUUACUGGAACAUCAACAGUGGAUCAGGCUGUGAGGUGUGCGACUGUGACACCACUGGUUCGCUGGACACCAGCUGUGAGCUCAACAGUGGGCAGUGCCAGUGUAAACCAGGAGUGGGCGGGCGGCGCUGUGAGAAGUGCCUGGCCAACCACUACGGAUUCUCAACUUCUGGCUGUACCGCCUGUGACUGUGACCCUCGCGGCUCCCUCAGCCUCCAGUGUGAUGAGUUCGGAAGCUGCCCAUGCAGGGAGGGUGUGGUCGGAGACAAGUGUGAUGCUUGUAAGGAGAACUACUACGAUGUAGCUCGUGGUUGCAUCGAGUGUCCAGCUUGCUAUGGCCUGGUUCAGGACAAAGUGGACGAUCAUCGCGAGAAACUUCGCCAGCUGCGUGACCUCAUCAACAAUGUUGGGGUGAACCCUGACCUCAUCAACGACCAGAAGUUUGAGGAGCGGCUGAAGCAGGUGGAGGAACUGGCCAAGGAUCUUCUGAACGAGGCACGCAAAGCAGCUGGAGGCGCUGGCAUCAAUGCUGAUUCUCUCCGCGAAGCCCUGGAUGCUCUACGUGACAAGGUCAACGAGAUUGAGAAGGCCAAGAACAACGCCCAGGCCACCACCAACGAUGCCAAGGUCAAGGUGCAGGAUGCUGACGAGACUAUCCGACGUAUCCAGGACAAACUGAGGGAGGCAAACAACUACCUGGGCAAUGAGGGUAAACAAGCUCUGGAUGAAGCCGAGCAGGCAGCAGCUAACUUUGGCCAGGGCUCCAGGGAGAUGCAGGAGCUGGCAGAGCAGGCCAAGGCACUGGCAAACGAUCAAACUGAGGAUGCCCAGGCUAUUGAGGACACUGCCAACCAGGCUCUGCAGACCUCCAAGGAUGCCCUGAAGGCUGUCAGGGACGCUCUGGCUGGACAAGGGGACAUCGCCAACAAGAGAAUACCUGACCUGGAGAGGAAGCUGCAAGAUGCAGAAGAACAGCUGGACAAGGUGAACCGGGAGGCGGCCGAUGCUCUCGCCAACGCAGAAGCCAGCGCCGACCGUGCCACCAAGAUCCUCGCCAACGCUCAGGCCCGUCAGCCCAACAUCGACGUGGAUGACCUGAAGCGCCAGACGGCCGCCAUUAAGGACGAGGCGGAGAACUCGCUGCUGCCCGACCUGGCCAAGCUGGAGGCAGACAACAGGCAGACUGUCAACGACAUCAACGACAACUAUGAUGCAGCUGAACAGCUGCUGAAGGAUGCCCAGGAUAAACAGGAUGUAAUCGACCAGUUGCUGGCCCGUGCUGAUGCUGCUAAUGACAAGGCAGAGCAGGCUGAGGAGAAGGGUCGGGAGACGCUGGGAGAGGCUCAGAAAACUCUGGAGUACCUCAGCAACUUUGAAGCCAAGGUGCAGGAGAGUAAAGCCAAGGCUGACGAGGCCCUGGGUAAGGAGGCUGAGAUCAGGAGGAUCAUCGACGAGGCCGUCAGCACCACAGACCAGGCCGAGGCUGCCCUGGGGUCGGCUGACAGCGAUGCAAGGACGGCCAAGAAAACUGCCGAGCAGGCCAAACAGAUAGCCGAGGGAGCUGCUGCUGAUGCCAAACAGGUUAAGGAAGAUGCUGCCACGAUCUACGACCAGGCCACGGCCGUCAACAACAACGCAGAUGAGCUCAAAGGAGACGUGGACAGCGCCGAGAACACCUUCAACCAGAAGAAGAGACAGGCCGACGACGAUGAGACAAGAGUCAAUGCUGCCAUGGAUGCUGCUAACGAUGCCCAGAGGAAAGCAGAUGUGGCCAUGGCCAAGGUGCAGGGUACACUGGACAGAGUCAACAAGAUUCUGGAGCAACUGGAUCAAAUUGACCCCCCUGAUGCAGGCAAACUGACAGAACUACAGAAGGAGUAUGACGACCUAAAGGCCGAGCUGGACGCACUACGGAUCAACCAACUCAUCCUCAACAUCCAACGACUCAUGACAGAACAGGAAAACACCGUCACCAACUUCGAGGCCGAGUUAGACACCCUGAAGAAAGAAGUGGCCAAUCUGGAGGACAUCAGCCGCUCGCUUCCCGAUGGCUGCUUUAAACAGGAGGGUCUGGAGGACACGUAAAGCCUCCAUCAGGGAAUAUUCCAUUGGUGCUCGUAUUGGAGACAUGAUGCAUUCCCUCUCACUUCAACACACCUAACAGUCGUUACCAUUGUACAAACAUAUGAAGGAAUAUGUCUUUUUCAUCUUCAAGUUUUCUGCCCAAGAAAUGGACAACUUGCCCAGGGAAUGCCUCGUGUCUCCUGUUGUAGCUGAGGGUGUAUUUAUCCUGAAGUGGAAGUGAUUGUAACAAUGAGUCAGUGUUGGUCAGGUUUGGGGGGAUAUCACUGUGGCCAACAUCAAGUAGCCAAUAAAUUAUCUGCAACUAAAGCUACAUUGUUUGUGUAUUUCAAAGCAAAAUAUCUGUCUGUAAAUUCUAUUCUGACAAUGAAAACCUUUUCUCUUAUUACUGUAGAUGUCACUAUGGUCUCCCCCAAGUGUUUUUCAUGAGAACUGAGCUCAAGCCCAUCUGGUUUCUGUGGCUUUUACAGUGAUACUUCGCCCAAACCUUUCAAAUGCCGACAACUAUUACAUACCCAUACAGCAGUUAUCCUUUUCUAUAUCAUAUGCAAACUGGCCACAUGGUGCAGUUACAGGAACUCUAUUGUAUUUCAAGAACCUCAAAUCAACUUAGAAAUCCACUAUUAAAGUAAAAUACUGACAAAAUCCUUGUUACAUACUAAAGGAAGCAAUGUGAUUGUUGAUACUAAAGAUGUGUUACUGCAGUGAUCUGUUAUGCCUCCUUAUAUGGUAGCUGUGGCUUCCCAUAUUUGGUCGGGCUGCCAGUCCUAAUUCAGCAAAUUGGUAUCAUUCUAGGGAAAAAGAGGAUAAACAUAUAUUCACUUAAGAUCCUUAUUUUGAAUAGCACAAUCUGUGAUCUUCAGGGUUUACAUAUUAUAUGCAGCAGUAUUCCUGUUCCUGAAACAAGGGUGGGAGGGGGGCAGCCUCUAGCAUCUUUGCGAAUGUACUUAUAGGAUAACCUUCUGAUAUUGGAAUCGUUCAUAAGUGAAUCCAGUAUUUAGAACAAACAUGUAGAACUGAUAUCCAUUCUUGUGGGAUGGGCUAAUCAUGUAAAUAUAUAAGAAGAGGUGGCAGCUAUCGCAUAGGUAGACUAGAACUUAAACUUUGGACAACAUUAUUAUGGAUGAGUUUCUUUUAGUGUGUAUUUGGGAAUGUCUGCCACCUUUCUAUCCAGUAUAUAUCUUGAUAAGGUUAUAUGCAUUCAUGGGUGCUAGUAUUUAACGGUAACCUGGCUAAGCAAUAAGGCUAAGAUCAUGACGCUGUAUGUAAAGGAGAACAUAGUGUGCAGUGUAGUUGCCUCGCCAAGUGCCUAGACUUUCAAACCAAGUGUAUCGCCACCACAUGGACCUACCAGUAUUAGCUGCACUAGUAUUAUAAAAUGUAGCAGUAGUUCUUGUCCAUAGCUGCCUAUUCUGUAGAGAGUGCCUGCAUAAGCUGGUGCAGACUAUUUGCACCAUGUAUAUGCUAGCCACUGGAAUUUGGUGGGAGUUUGUAUGUAUAAUUUUUGAAUUUAGUCUUAUGUAUGGUACUGUUUUUAACCUACCCUUUUAGUCAUCUUUAACAUAUAUUUCCGUUGCUUAUUUCUUACAAGAGGUGUUUUGUUUGACUGUUUUUAUUGGACAUUUUUUGACAAAGGAAGAGACAUAAGUUAUUUUGGUAUCCACUUCAUAUACUUCUCACAAUACUAAGUCAGGUCAGCCCAUUUUGUUGCCAAGUGACUUUGAUAUACCACCACUAUACUCUUCUCUGAUGUAGUGUUGCAUAGACUAAAACUCUCCACAGAGGAACGCUAUUGUAUCACCUUCACUACUCAAUUACUUCACAACUUAUUAUAUCACAACCAACUUUUUACUUCUGAGAGUACAGUAUAUAUUGAAAAUUCUGAUUAAUGAGUGAUUGACUUUAUUAUCUUUAUUAUCAGACCACUGCCCUGUGGAGAGUCGUAUGUUUUGUUAACUCCAGGAGGAAACCCGAUAGAAGCUGUAAACAACAGAGUACUCCCUUACCUAGGGAGAUGUGUGUACGGAGUUAGUUGUUAUACGUUUGAUACUUUUCAUUGUACAUGACAUGGGGAAAUAAAUCUUGUAAAAUAUA